AUGGGAGAUAAUGUUGUAGUGUCCAAUAUGGAGCUUGAGAGGUUACUUAGCAUGAAAGGUGGUAAAGGAGAAGCUAGUUAUGCCAACAAUUCUCAAGCUCAGGCCAUACAUGCAAAGUCAAUGCUCCAUCUUCUAAAAGAAGCACUAGAUGGAGUUGAGCUUCAUGCUCCUAACAUUCCAUUUGUGGUGGUGGAUUUGGGAUGUUCAUGUGGGAGUAACACAAUCAAUGUUGUGGAUGUGAUUGUAAAACACAUCAUCAAGCGUUAUGAAGCAUUGGGAUGCAAUCCACCGGAAUUCUCUGCUUUUUUUACUGACCUUCCGAGUAAUGACUUUAAUACCCUUUUUCAACUCCUCCCUCCAAUGGCUAACUAUGGUACUAGUAUGGAAGAGUGCCUUGCUGCUAAUAAUCACCGUUGCUACUUUGCCGCCGGUGUCCCCGGAUCUUUCUACCGGAGGCUUUUUCCGGCUAGGUCUGUUGAUGUUUUCCACUCUGCAUUCUCUUUGCAUUGGUUAUCUCAGGUACCAGAAUCAGUUGAAGACAAGAGAUCAAAUGCAUACAACAAAGGAAGGGUUUUCAUCCAUGGUGCUAGUGAGAUAACAGCAAAUGCUUACAAGAAACAAUUCCAAACAGAUUUGGCAGGUUUCAUCAACUCAAGGUCAAUAGAGAUGAAAAGUAAAGGGACCAUGUUUUUGGUUUGUUUAGGCAGAACUUCAGUGGACCCCACAGACCAAGGUGGGGCUGGUCUCCUCUUUGGGACCCAUUUUCAAGAUGCUUGGGAUGAUCUUGUCCAAGAGGGGCUAAUUAGCAAUGAGAAAAGAGAUGACUUCAACAUUCCGGUUUAUGCACCAAGUUUACAAGAUUUCAAGGAAGUGGUUGAUGCUGAUGGUUCAUUUUCCAUUAACAAACUUGAAGUUUUCAAAGGAGGGAGUCCUCUUGUAGUGAAUCAACCAGAUGAUGCAAGUGAAGUGGGAAGGGCUUUGGCUAACAGUUGUAGAAGUGUUUCUGGUGUUCUUGUUGAUGCACAUAUUGGCGAUAAGCUUAGUGAGGAACUUUUUCUUAGAGUGGAGAAAAGAGCCACUAAUCAAGGCAAAGAGUUGUUAGAGAAACUUCAGUUCUUUCACAUUGUUGCAUCACUUUCUUUUGUUCAAUGA